AUGUCUGAUAGCGACUUUGAUACGAUCAGGAAGCUUCAGGCUGAGCGGAAUGCCGCUUCUGCUGGUAAGAAGGGGUCGAAGACGUUUGAUCCGUCUAAUCAACGAACUGAUGUAUCCACCAAGGCUUCCCUGACCGAAAGCUUCGAUACCACCCUUUACGAGCGCGAUUCAUCUGACAAAUUCGCCGGCUACAAUACUUCUAUCGCUGUUGCUGAUGGCGACGACGAUGAUGCGGAGGAAGAUACCAGUAGGAGGCUGGUUGGGCAGUACACGGCGUCGAAGGAGCAAAUGAACGAAUUCGCGCAUGGCAACGGCGUUGAGGAAGAAGAUAUUCUCCUUGGAAGGGAGAAGAGUGCGCGGAUUGCGGACCGUGAAACUGACUAUCAGAAACGUCGACUGGACCGUGUCCUGACACCUACUAGAGCUGACGCUUUCGCUGCAAAUAGGCAGGCUGGGGCUUCGGAGGAUGGCGAGAGUUAUAGGGAGAUCAUGGCGCGCCGGGAAUUAGAAAGAGAAGAGGACAGGGUUAGAAAGGCAAUUGAAGAGAAGACUGCAAAUGGAGAUGUUGUACAUCACAAGGCAACCUUGGUCAAAGAAGGGAGUGGCUCACCAAGUGAUAAGGAGAACAAGGAAUCAGGGUCUACGGAGGCAGCGGCAGCAGGCCGUAAAAGAAAGAAGAGGUGGGAUGUUGGAACGGACUCGGCAGAUUCAGCUACAGCGACGACCGAUGCGAAGACCAAACGGUCAAGAUGGGAUCAGACACCUGCUCCCGGGGCAGCUUCCGUGGACCAGACGCCUCGGAAACGGUCGAGAUGGGAUCAAGCUCCUGCAGCUACACCGAUGGGCAAUCAAGGACUCGUGACUCCAAUGCAUCCCUCACAAAUGGGAGGCCCAGUCUUACCAACAGCAUUCGGUACGGAUAUCUCACAGCGAAAUGCCCCAUGGUCGGACGAAGAUCUUGAUAUGAUGUUACCAUCUGAGGGCUACAAAAUUCUUGAUCCCCCUCCUGGAUACGCGCCCAUUCGGACGGUCUCGCAGAAAAUGAUGGCGACUCCGACUCCUGCUGGUGGUGCGGCUGGUUUUGGAGGCUUCAUGAUGCAGGAUCCAGACAGCGGCAGAGCCUUGGGGAAACAGCUUCCAACCGAGAUUCCGGGUGUUGGUGAUCUUCAAUUCUUCAAGGCAGAAGACAUGGCAUAUUUCGGCAAGCUUACAGAUGGCAGUGACGAGAAUGCCAUGAGCGUGGAAGAGCUCAAGGAACGGAAAAUCAUGCGCUUGUUACUUAAGGUCAAGAAUGGUACUCCCCCUAUGAGGAAAACCGCACUUCGUCAACUCACUGAUAACGCGAAACAAUUCGGUGCUGGACCACUGUUCAAUCAAAUCUUACCACUCCUUAUGGAGAAGACUUUGGAAGAUCAAGAGCGACAUUUGCUGGUCAAAGUCAUCGACCGUGUUCUAUACAAACUUGACGAGCUCGUCAGACCGUAUGUCCAUAAAAUUUUGGUGGUCAUUGAACCACUGUUGAUUGAUCAAGACUACUAUGCGCGAGUUGAGGGUAGAGAAAUCAUUUCUAACCUUAGUAAAGCCGCUGGCUUAGCACACAUGAUUAGUACUAUGCGACCUGAUAUUGACCACGUCGAUGAGUACGUACGAAACACUACGGCAAGAGCUUUUGCUGUUGUUGCCUCUGCACUCGGUAUUCCAGCACUUCUUCCCUUCUUACGUGCUGUUUGUAGAAGUAAAAGAUCUUGGCAAGCACGACAUACCGGUGUCAAGAUCGUUCAGCAGAUUCCCAUUCUGAUGGGAUGUGCUGUGCUACCGCAUUUGAAAGGACUUGUCGAUUGCAUUGGCGGAAAUCUCAAUGAUGAUCAAACCAAAGUACGAACUGUUACUAGUUUGGCGAUUGCAGCGUUAGCGGAGGCCGCAAAUCCUUAUGGUAUCGAAAGUUUCGAUGAAAUUCUCAACCCUUUGUGGACAGGAGCACGAAAGCAGCGAGGAAAGGGGUUGGCUGGUUUCUUGAAGGCCGUUGGCUAUAUCAUUCCGUUGAUGGACGAAGAAUAUGCCAAUUACUACACUAGUCAGAUCAUGGAGAUUCUGCUCAGAGAAUUUUCUUCACCAGACGAGGAGAUGAAGAAGGUUGUGCUGAAAGUCGUCUCCCAAUGCGCUGGGACUGAUGGUGUGACUGCUGGAUACCUGAAGGAACACGUUCUGGAUGAAUUCUUCAAGAGCUUCUGGGUUCGUCGAAUGGCUUUGGAUAAGCGAAAUUACAGGCAGGUCGUAGAAACUACAGUUGACCUUGGCCAAAAAGUCGGCGUCGGAGAGAUUGUCGAGCGGAUUGUCAACAACUUGAAGGAUGAGAGCGAGGCAUAUCGAAAAAUGACUGUGGAAACAGUGGAGAAGGUCGUUGCGAGUUUAGGAGCUGCCAGUAUCGGGGAGAGAUUGGAGACACGGCUGAUUGAUGGUAUACUACACUCCUUCCAGGAACAAAGUGUCGAGGAUAUCGUCAUGCUUAAUGGCUUCGGUACUGUUGUGAACGCCCUUGGUACACGUUGCAAGGACUAUCUGCCGCAGAUUGUAAGUACCAUCCUUUGGAGGCUGAACAACAAGUCUGCCACUGUCCGACAACAAGCCGCAGACCUUAUUUCUCGAAUCGCCAUGGUCAUGAAGCAAUGUGGUGAGGACGCCUUGAUGGGCAAACUUGGUAUCGUUCUUUAUGAGUACCUGGGAGAAGAGUACCCUGAGGUUCUUGGUUCAAUUCUCGGUGCGCUACGUUCCAUUGUUACGGUGGUUGGUAUCAGUCAGAUGCAACCUCCUAUCAAGGAUCUUCUUCCUCGACUCACGCCAAUUCUCCGUAACAGACAUGAGAAGGUGCAAGAAAACACCAUUGACCUUGUUGGUCGAAUCGCAGAUCGAGGCCCUGAGAGUGUCAAUGCAAGAGAAUGGAUGAGAAUUUGCUUCGAACUUCUUGACAUGUUGAAAGCUCAUAAGAAGGGAAUUCGAAGAGCUGCAAAUAACACAUUUGGUUUCAUCGCCAAAGCUAUCGGUCCGCAAGAUGUACUAGCGACUCUUCUUAACAACUUGAGAGUUCAAGAACGUCAAUCUCGUGUGUGUACAGCCGUCGCUAUCGGUAUUGUCGCGGAAACUUGCGCACCCUUCACUGUCCUGCCAGCAUUGAUGAACGAAUAUCGAGUUCCUGAGCUGAAUGUACAAAACGGAGUUCUAAAAUCGCUCUCUUUCCUAUUCGAAUAUAUUGGUGAGAUGGCAAAGGAUUAUGUUUAUGCCGUCACCCCACUACUCGAAGAUGCUCUUAUCGACAGAGAUCAAGUCCAUCGUCAAACUGCUGCUUCUGUAGUCAAGCAUGUUGCGCUGGGUGUGGUUGGACUUGGAUGUGAAGACGCAAUGUUGCAUCUUCUCAAUCUCUUGUAUCCUAAUCUCUUCGAAACAAGUCCCCACGUCAUCGAUCGAAUCAUCGAGGCCAUUGAUGCAAUUCGUAUGGCGGUCGGUCCUGGUCUAACGAUGAAUUACGUUUGGGCAGGUCUUUUCCAUCCAGCGCGGAAGGUGAGGCAACCAUACUGGCGAUUAUAUAAUGACUGCUACGUUCAGUCCGCCGAUGCAAUUGUACCUUACUAUCCGAACCUGGAUGACGAGAGAAUGGAUAGACCUGAGCUGGCGAUUGUUAUUUAG